AUGUUGCGACUCUACAAAAGAUAAUUGUUGAUUAAUUAAUUCUAACAUUAACUUCGAGGUGUAAGGAAUUAUCAAAAUAAUUACGUCAUGGAAGACAAUGUUGGGGAGGAUAUUUUAAUACAAAGAAUUAGAAGUUCUCAAAAUUAAUAAAUCACUUAUCACAGUUAUUGGAAUAACGAAUAAGUUAGAUUUAGGUCUGUAUUAUUCAUAUAGUUCAUGGUGAUGAGGUUUUGUAUCGUUCCCUUAUAGAUAUAGGUGUGUAACUAUUGUUCAUUUGUUGAUAAUAUAAAUCAGCAUUUCGAAGAUAAAAAUCUUAACGAAGAAUUCUUAACAGCCAAACCCACUUUGUAUUUAAGUGCAUAAACAUCUCUUUGGAUAUUAUGGUAGAAAGAGCUAAAAUCUUAAUUGUCAGAUAUUCCCGUAGAAUAGAAUCUAAAAAUAGUUGAAAGAUGAUGUGCAGAAGUUAUAAUAGGAGAACUCUCUAAUUUAUUCUCACUAUGUGACAUUACAGAAAAAUAAGGUAGCACUAGAAAAUAAGGUUGUCGGUUUAUAAAUUAAGACUGAUGGAGUAUAAGCCCUUGAGAAUAAAAAUCAAAGGAAUUUGGAGAAAAUUGAUAGGGUUAUUGAGGCUUGAGAGUCGACAAGAAAAGUAAUAAUUUAAAAAUAAGUUCAAGAAGAGCCAAGAAAUUAGAAAACAGUUAGAAGAGCGAAAAGUUUUAUAACAAAUAAUAAUAACCAAGAAAUUCAUUUUUGGAUUUACUUUCUUGAAGAAAAGGUUAGAAAGAGUAGAACUCCGUCUUUCAAUUCGCCCAAUAAUUUAGAUUAGGAAAGUAAUUUCGAUGAAUUAUAAGAAUUGAGUAUAAAUAAUGGAGUUGAAUCUAUCUUAUUAAAGGGGAAUCAAAAACUAAAUUAUGUCGAUUGAGAGAUGAAAUACACUCAAUAACUUUAACAAAAGAAAAUCUCUAAGAGGAGUAGAAAUUGGUUGAAAUGAGAAAAUUUAAAAAAGAAAAUAAUUAAGACGUAUGGUUUUGAACGAAAGGCAGCAAAUUUCUUUGUGAAGGAAUGUGGAAGGAAAAUUACAAAACAUAGUUUUUAAGGAUACUUCGUAGC